AAAAUUGCGGCCAGACAAUCAUAAUUUUGAUGCCUUUUUUUCCUCUUUCAGGGAACUACAUGUUUUAUUAGUUGUGUUUUUCUGUUGUUUGUUUUGUGCAAUUGGAAGACAACAAAACUGGUAACUUUUGCAUUUUUAUGUCGUUUUCUUUGAGUUUAUAUAUGGGAUCUAGUAGGUUAUGGUGAAUAGAAGAGAAAAUCAUAUAGGGCUCAUAUGAUUUUAGUUCAUCUACUUUGUAGAUAUUCAUACUUUUUUGUGUUGUGUAUGUGUGUCUCUGCGGGUUCUUGUGUGCAUGCUAUGCAAGUUCUUUGUACCCAGACUUUAAAUUGUAUGGUCGUGUGGUUAGUUAAGUUUUUACUUUUGUUUACUGGUGAAACUGUGCUUGUGUUAACUGAUGUUUCCCAUCUUGAUUGAAAAACAGGUUGACAAAUGAGGGGUAGAAGUUAUAGUUACAGUCCUUCCCCUCCAAGGGGUUACAGCAGGAGAUACCGGAGCCCUAGCCCAAGAGGUCGCUAUGGAGGUCGUGGGAGAGAUCUUCCUACUAGUCUCUUGGUCCGUAAUCUUCGCCGUGACUGUAGGCCUGAAGAUCUUCGUGGGCCAUUUGGGGAAUUUGGUCUCUUGAAGGACGUUUAUCUGCCUCGUGAUUACUAUACAGGGGAGCCAAGGGGUUUUGGUUUUGUGCAAUAUGUAGACCCUGCUGAUGCAGCUGAAGCCAAAUAUCAGAUGGAUGGCCAGGUUCUUCGUGGGCGUGAGCUAACUGUUGUGUUUGCUGAGGAAAACCGGAAAAAACCAUCAGAAAUGAGGGCUAGAGAACGUUACAGGGGUCGGUCUUAUGAUAGGAGGCGGUCACCACCUCGUUAUUCUCGAUCACCAUUUUCUUCUCGGACCUAUUCCCGUACUCCUGAUUAUUAUUCACCAUCUCCUCAACGAAGGUCCAUUUCUCCUCGAGAUCGGAGGUACAGGAAAAGGUCUUACUCAAGGUCUCCUUAUGGCUCAAGGAGCCGGAGUUGGAGUCGGAGCCGGAGCCUGGAUUCUGAAGGUUACUCGAUGUAAUUGGGUUGGUGAAUUGAGAUGAGGGGGGCUUGAUCACCGGAAGGCAGGUUUAUGGGAUGUAGUACUCCUGGAUUAUUAUUGAGUCUGUUCUCUUCAGCUAUGUUAAUAGUGAAGGCUUGUUCAUUUAUACACUUGAGCACAGGAUGUAUUUUAUUUAAGUUCCUGCAGGUUAGAAAGCUGAAUUGAUGGUUUUUUCCUCCCACUCAGUUCUUGUUUUAUGUUUCGAACUUAUUUUUGCCUAGUUUUACUUCCCUCAUCUUUUGAGGCUGUUUCGAGGAA